AUGACCGUCCGAAGAUCCGAAUCUCUCAUGCUCAUUGGCUCCACUUCAAGACAGUCAAGUCACGUCAAUCCGUGGCUGUUGGUGUGCCACCGCGAGAACGAGAAGAACUCGUCGCAAUAUUUCACAGACAAGAUGAAGACAUCCAUCGCUUACAUCAUCGCCGCGGCCCUCUUCGGAGCUACGCAGGCUGCCAUCACCCCGAUGAACAACAUCAUUCGUCACGAGUACAACCUCAACGCCAGAGCCGGUGUUCACGGCAACAUUGAGAGGGACGAGCCCGCUGUUGCCCCCGAAGGCGAUGUUCUGCAGCCCAUUGUCUAA